GGGCUUCCCUCUGCCCGGAGACCCAGGCUCUGACUGCAGCGGGAGGCCCUGGACGGGCUCCCGCCCCUCCCCCUGUCCUGGAACAUCUCACAAAGCCGGCUCUGGACCACAGUUUCAAAACAGAUUGGCCGGAGGCGUGAUCCUGGGUGUCGCCCUGUGGCUCCGCCAUGACCCGCAGACCACCAACCUCCUGUACCUGGAGCUGGGAGACAGGCCCGCACCCAACACCUUCUACGUAGGCAUCUACAUCCUCAUCGCCGUGGGCGCCGUGAUGAUGUUCGUCGGGUUCCUGGGCUGCUACGGGGCCAUCCAGGAGUCGCAGUGCCUGCUGGGAACGUUCUUCACCUGCCUGGUGAUCCUCUUCGCCUGCGAAGUGGCCGCGGGCAUCUGGGGCUUUGUCAACAAGGACCAGAUCGCCAAGGACGUGAAGCAGUUCUACGACCAGGCCUUGCAGCAGGCCGUGGUGGAGGACGAUGCCAACAACGCCAAGGCCGUGGUGAAGACCUUCCACGAGACGCUCAACUGCUGUGGCUCCAACGCACUGACCUCACUGACCACCUCCAUUUUCAAGAGCAGCCUGUGUCCCUCCGGCAGCUCAUUGAUCAGCAACAUCAAGGAAGACUGUCACCAGAAGAUCGACGACCUCUUCUCUGGGAAGCUGUACCUCAUCGGCAUCGCGGCCAUCGUGGUGGCCGUGAUCAUGAUCUUCGAGAUGAUCCUGAGCAUGGUUCUCUGCUGUGGUAUCCGGAACAGCUCCGUGUACUAAGGGCUUCGCCACUCAGGCCGCUGGGACCCCUGCGGUGCCCCGGGACCUGGACAUUGCCGAGGGGCUGUCAUCCCUGUGUGUGUAACUUCUCUGGUAUUACUCUGCUACACCUACGGGCCUUUUUACUUUCGAGGUGUUUUGUCCUGAAGUUUCCCGUUACCCUUUGGAGCUGACAUCACCCAGAGGUGGCGUGUGGCCUGGGGGACUGCAGGGCAGGGUUCCCUCUGCUUCCGGGGCCACCUGGGCGCCUGCCUGCCCGCCCCACCAGGCCUGUCCACCGGGCAGGCACCUCUCUCCAGCCCCCCAGUCCCCAUGGGUCACGUGGCUCCCGCCUUUUUAACCCUGUUCCCGUCCUGCCCCGUCUCUCGAGCUGGUCUGUGAACAGCCUUUGUCGCACCUGCCCUUUCUAACGCGUCACUUUUCAUUGUAACUACACCUUGGAAAUCAUUCAAUAAACAAGGAAAAACCAGGCAUGCUAACAAA